AUGGUGACUACCGAAACCCUCCGCUUGAGAGGACUACCCCCAGCAGAUGACUGGUACGGUGUGUCAGAUGCCAGGGAGCGAAGGAAACGGCAGAAUCGGGUGAACCAGAGAGCCCACCGAUCCAGGACGAGACCUAAGCAAGACUUGACAAAUCCAAGUCAGGUGAGGGAUUUGAAGCCGUCCUUAAUAGAUCAUGAGCCAAUCCAUCGGGUCCAGAAUGACCCAUCGGAGCAAGUUGAAAGACGCGAGCUUUCUCAGGUUUCUCUUCAACCAGUAUCCUGCUUAUCUGGGGCUUCCAGCCCAAAUACAAGUACGAAUGUAGUACUGUCCAGAUUUUUGACAUCGCAGGUCGCGAGGGUUAGCGCACUAUGGCUCAAGAUCCCCGGUUCAGAUAAAAGGGAAAUCUUGCUGGAGCAAGUGGCUCGAUUUUACCAAAGCUAUCGGCUCAACUGUCCGACAGCAGACCAUCUGCUUACCCUGACAAAGGUGAACGUCCAUCGCGGCUUUGUCAGCAAUAUGGAGGCUCUGGGCAUUACCUGGGAGUGGAUGGAAGAUGAUUCUAUCUCCCCGUUCUGCAUGGCAGGGCCAGCUUGUGAUACUGAAGGUCUUCCGGAGAAAUUACGCCCGACUGAAGUACAACGCAGAAAUGUUCACCACACGUGGAUCGAUCUGUUCCCGUGUCCGAGGAUGAGGGAUAAUCUCAUUCGAAUUGGCAACGACUGGGAUGACGAGGACCUAUGUAUUGAUAUUAUGGGAUUCUGGGAUGGGGCCUCAGCAGGGCCCUUUGGGUUGAUCAUCUGGGGAGAGGCGACUGAUAUAAGAAAUUGGGAAGUCACCGAGGGAUUCGUGAAGAAAUGGGGCUGGGUCAUACAAGGGUGCAUAGAUUUGAUGUGGUCAACAAACUCCUGGCGAGCGAAGCGAGGCAUAGGGCCGUUGUUUCCAAUGAGUUAA